AUGCAGUUUAAAUUUGGCGGGUCAGCUGAAAAUAUUGAUUUUACUACGUUAGUGUUCCUAUCUCGUUCCGUCGCAAUUGCUCUCUCUAUUGCUUCAAAAGUGCACCACCUGUCGAUUAAAACUUACCUCUUUCCGUGUUCUGAGUUCCUGGUAGAGCUGCAUCGUUAUUAUGCACCUAAGUUGAACGACAAUGCAACUCGUGCAAAAGUAAGCAGAUGCAGAAAAGAUGGAGAAGAGAGUGUUUCAAGAUUCUGCAAGGCUUUGAUUCUGCAACACCUGAUU